UCUUUCUUUGUAAACAGAAUGAUACAGUCUCUCUGUUCGUUGAGACGUUGAGUCCAUCGAUUCGGUUUGGUAUGUUUACUAUAGUUCCGAUAGGGUAAUACGAUAUCCGAAGGGAGGAGAGCCAGAUGGGGAGUGGUAGGUCAUGGAAGAAGCGCAUGGAGGCGGAGGUGGAGCGGCGGAACCAACUACUGGAAGCUUCUAGAAAGUCCGACGGAAGUGAAUUUUGCUGGUUGUUUGUUGUCUGGAUCUCCUCAAGGAAAGGAAAGAAAAUUCAGAGUUGCGUUUCACUUGAACGCGCUGCCGUGGUGGAGCGGCUUGCGUUUGUUGACAACUCUCAUGGAGAGGUUUCCUUGGUCUUUUAUGCAUCCACCGAACUCCUUUCCGACAGAUUACUUGAGAUAUGUUAAACGAUCCGAAUCAAGCUGUUAGGGAAGCUUCACUUCUGCGCAUUGAGGUUAUUGGUAACAGGAACUCAGGAAAAGAUGUAUGUAUCACACGCAAAUACUCUUACGUGGAAGAUGUCGUCGCCUUCAUCGCCAUCUUCUUCUUCAGGGUUCAGUUUCUUCCUUAAGGUUUUACCAAGUGGAGAUGUUAUCUUGAUUGAAGCAAGCAGAAGGGACAGAGUGAGUGAUAUAAUGGCUAGAAUCAAGAUUAAUAAGAAGAUUCCAGGGUUUGAGCAGUGCGCAUUAGUCUACGGCGGUAGACAGUUACAAAGCCACCAGCUUCUCUGCGAUUGCUCCAUAGAAAAGAACACUUUGGUGUUUCUGAUUGUUGGUCCUAAUCCCUGGCCUGCGGUUGAUUCUCUUCUUGACACUGUGUGCAGAGUGUACCAAGGACUGGGUGUUGACAACGAUGAAAUCAGUGACAAGCUCAACUUGUUCUUUCACAACAUUCCUUGGUACGAUGACAAGUUAGCUUUUGAAUAUCUACAGCUUCCUCAGUUCCAACGGCUCUUGCCAUGUUAUACUCUUCCUUCAAGGAAGAAUUUGCCAAAGAUUCCAUUCACAAUGCAAAGAAUUGCCCAGUACGUCGCACACUUACAUCCUACCCAUAAUACUCGACCUCUGUAGCUUGCUUAAGAAAGUCCGCCCCCAGAAGAACCUCUACUUGGCCUGCUGGAAUGUGUUCGCAUCCAUGUCAGAUUGUGUCUCCACCUGCGGCGAGGGCAUGAAGUCGUUCAUUACAAGGGCUGUCGUCUCGUUUAGUAUCGAGGUAGCUAUUCUACUUCAGAACACUACCAUUCUUGAAAAUAUGACACAUGCUGAGGUGUUUGCUGAACUAUUGACAUCUUUGGGGAAAGUUUUGGAGGAUGAAUCACAGUUAACGUCACGUCAUUUCUCUGUUAUUGCUUUGUCUAGUGGCUUCUACAAAUUUCGUAAAGAAGAACUUAUUGGUGUUCUAAGCACUAGAAGGGCUUCACUCUGCAGUCUUGUCAUCAGAUUUGCAGAGAAGGGUACUAACCACCAGUGGUUAAAUGAGUAGAAGGAGCUGACUAACUUCGAAGCUAGGAGGCAUUUAGCGAUGUUGAUGAUGGUUCCUAACGCGAAUCACUUCAACAAGAAGAUUAUCAGAAUUCACAGGGAUAAUCUAUUAGCAGAAUCGUUCCAGCAAAUAAGUGAUGCAAGCUCUGAGUCACUCCAACACGGGAUUUCUGUAGAGUUUAUAGAUGAACAAGGCGUCGGGGAUGGCGUUACUCGGGAAUGGUUCGAGCUUGUAUCUAAUGAGAUUUUCAUUUCUAAAGAAGUACAAGUUGAGGAAGAAGUAGAAGUAGAAGUAGAAGAAGUAGAAGUUGAGGAAGAAGUAGAAGUUGUUCAUCCAUUCCAUGUUCCAUGUUCUGACUUUACAAGAAGAUUCUCUCCCAAUCCAAUAUUCGUUGAAUGGGAACAGUUUGAGUUUGCAGGUCGUUUGAUGGGUCUUGCACUGAUCCACAACAUGCAACUGAAUGUGUUUCUCGACAGUGCCUUUUUCUUACAUCUUGCUGGAGUGGUAAUCUGCUUAGAAGACAUAAAAGAAACUGAACCAGAGCUGCACAAGACUUUGAAGUCAAUGUUAGAAGGACAUGGUCUUGAAGAUUUGACAUUUGAGAUUGAUAUUCAGACAGGGAAAAAUGUCUACUCCUUAGAGGACCUGUGUGAAGAUGGAUCUUCAACAGAUGUUACAAUGGAAAAUGUAGCCAAGUAUGUGCAUCUUUAUCUACAACAUAGGUUUGUGAAGACUAUCUCCAAACAGUCAUCUUUUUUUGCAAAGGGGUUCACUGAUUUGCUUUUGGGUUCUUCACCUCAUAAGUCAUUCUUCCAAGUCUUGAGUUUGGAAGAUUUGGAUCUCAUUUUUGGGGGAGAUCAAGUUGGAAUCAGGAUAGAAGACUGGAAAAAUCAUACAAUCUAUGGAGGAGAGGGCUAUGGAUAUCAAGCCACUGAUAAACAGAUUUUGUGGUUUUGGGAAGUAGUUGAGGGGAUGAGUAAGGAACAGCAGAUGAACUUACUGAAGUUUUGGACAUCGACUUCUUAUUUACCGCAUGGAGGAAUUGGGGGGUUAUCGAGAAAGCUUCAGAUUUUGAAAAUUGAACAAGAAUAUCCAACAUCUGCCACAUGUUUGUAUAGUCUCAAACUCCCACCAUAUGACACCUUUGAGAACAUGAAGUUUUGGCUUGAGUUUGUCGCUGAAGAGGAAAACUGCAGAGGAUUUGGGAUGCAAUGAGAAUCAAAGUAAUGUUAGAAUGGUGUUUUUAGUCUGACUAGCCUUAACAAAUUUGUUUGUGGUUGACGUUAUCUAGUAAUGUUUUGGUUGAAUACUUACGGUACAUCCCAAUGGACAGGAAGUUUUAUCUUUUAUAUAUUUAGUUGAUG